UGGUGUUUAGAGCACGUAUAUAUAUAACGUGGUUGAGUGUGCUAAAAACCUAAAAAUUCCUACUUCCUACUUCUUACCAUGCAAACCAACAAACGCAUUCCCUUACUUCUCUCGGCCCUUUUCUUGUUUGCGUUUUCCAUCUCUUCUAUUUUCAAAGCUACAAACAACCACCACUCAAUUCCGUUAUUUACACAAAAUACACCUCAACACUUACACCUUCACAAACGCAUCCAAACACAAACAGUACAUACACAUUGCGAUGGUUCGUUAUACUAUGACCUCUGUCUUGAAACGCUCACCACCAUUCUACCGGACCUCCGAUCAAAAUCUCUACCGGAGAUCAUCAGUGCGACCAUUAAUCAAACAGUGAAUGAUGUCCAAUCCACCGACUUCAAUGUUACUGCCAUCCGCCGGAAGCUUCGUAACCUCAACGCUCUUGAAAUCCGAGCACUCGACGACUGUCACUCGUUGUUUGUCGAAACUGUCACGGAGCUCAAGUCAGCCAUCUCCGUUCUGAAUCGGACGCCCUUUACCAAACACAACGAUCUACAAACGCUCCUUAGCGCUUCCAUGACGAAUCAAGCGACUUGUCUCGACGGAUUUGCGUUUAGCAAAUCUAGGAAUAAGAUACGGAGGUACUUUCAUAAAUCAUUGCGUGACAUUUCUCAUAAGGUCAGUAACUCGCUUGCUUUACUGAAGAAAAUGAACGGGACGUCGAAAGGUAAGGUGGAGGCGUUCCCGGAGUAUGGUGAGAUGUCAGGUGGAUACCCGCGGUGGGUGAAGAAGAAAGAUAGGGAGUUGUUGCAGGCGGCGGUGAACGAAACAGUUUACGAUUUGGUGGUGGCGAAAGACGGUAGCGGGAACUUCACGACAAUCGGAGAUGCGUUAAACGCAGCUCCAAACGGGAGCACGACGAGGUUCGUGAUAUAUAUAAAAGCAGGAGCAUAUUAUGAGUACUUGGAUAUAGACAACAGGAAGACAAUGGUGAUGUUGGUCGGCGACGGAAUCGGAAAUACGCUGAUUAAAGGAAACCGGAGCGUGGCCGACGGCUGGACAACUUUCCGUUCUGCUACCGUCGUUGCUGAAGGCAACAAUUUCAUAGCUAAAGGUAUCACGUUCGAGAACUAUGCCGGAAUUGCGAAACACCAAGCGGUGGCGUUGAGGUGUGAUUCAGACUUCUCCGUCUUCUACCAGUGCAGCUUCGUCGCUUACCAAGAUACUUUGUACGUCCACUCCUUCCGCCAAUUUUUCCGUGAAUGUAACAUCUACGGCACUGUCGAUUUCAUCUUCGGUAAUGCCGCCGUCGUCUUCCAAAAAUCAAAUCUUUACGCCCGUCAACCAGAUCCGAAGCAAAAGAACAUUUUCACCGCUCAAGGUCGAGACGAUCCAAAUCAGAACACCGGUAUUUCGAUUCUAGAUUGCAAAAUAGCUGCCGGAUCGGAGCUGAUUCCGAAUCAAACACUGUUCAAAUCCUACCUCGGUCGGCCAUGGCGACAAUAUUCUAGAACUGUGAUCUUGCGAUCCUACAUUGGCGAUUUAAUCGAUCCUGCUGGUUGGUCGGAAUGGUCAAGUGAUAUUGCUUUGACUACACUUUAUUAUGGAGAGUAUAUGAACAGAGGACCCGGUUCUAAUACCAGUGCUAGAGUGAGUUGGCCGGGAUAUAAAGUGAUCACGAAUUCGACGGAGGCCGACCAAUUUACGGUUGGCAAUUUUAUUCAGGGAGGCGAAUGGUUGAAUGCCACCGGAGUUCCUUACUACCUUGGGUUGAAUUGAAAACAGAGCUCAAUACGUUCGAUUUUUAGUGGAUUUGUGCUCGAAUUCUGAUAAUAUUCAUGGAUUCGGAGCAUAGCAUUAUUGGUAUUGAAUAGACGAAUUAAGAGACUGUUUUCAAUUGUUUAUGAAUUAUCAACUUCAAGCAUUUAACCCUGUACCACAUGACUGACAAUACUUCCUAAAACAAACCCGGCCCGAUGGUGUUUUCUUGGAUGGGCCUAAUAUUAAUCCUAUUACACUAUUACGUAAA